AUGCCGCUGACGGCGAUAGUGAACCACGACGGCGUCAAAGCUGCACUCCUCGUAGCGGCCGUCGAUCCUGCGUGCUCAUUGAUCGUCAGCGGUCGACGUGGGACCGGCAAAUCGAUCUUAUGUCGCAGCGUGAAGUCGCUGUUGCCGCGACCGCGCGUGAUGGGUGCCGACAUUGGAGCGCCGAGUUUCGUCAGCGUGCCGCUCGGCGUCACCGAGGACAUGGUUGCGGGCACGCUCGACAUCAAUGCGAGCGCGAAAUCUGGUUUAGCGGUGUUUCAGCCUGGAUUGCUCGCUCUUGCGAACGGUGGGGCGCUCUACAUCGAUGAAAUCAAUUUGCUGGACGAUUCCAUUUUGGCGAUGAUUCAGUCGAGUCUCGCCGAAGGCAUCGCGAGAGUCGAAAGGGAAGGUUUGAGCACUACGAUGCCUUGCGAAUGUCUCGCGCUCGCGAGUUUCAAUCCCGCCGAGUCUGAGCUACGGUCGCACGUCGUGGAUCGAUUCGCGAUGAUUUGUGGGACCGACGACGACGAAGGCGCCCUCGCGCAGACGACGACGCGACUCGCGGCGAUCGACGCCGCGAUGGCGUGGCAAGAUGAUUGGCGUCGCGUCGUCAGUGAUUCAUACACAGAGCAAAAGGCUUUGGGAGAGCACAUCGAGCUCGCACAUCACGUCUUUUUACCCGGGGUACAAAUAUCGGAAGCCAACGUGCGGCGAUUGGUCAAAAUAGCCGUGGACUGCGCAUGCCAAGGUCAUCGAGCGGAGCUCUUCGCCGUGAAAGUCGCACGCGCCUCGGCCGCGCUUCGGCAUUCGUACGAGGUGAACGAUCAAGAUGUGAAUAUGGCGAUUUCUUUGAGCAUACUUCCACGUGCGACUCGUGAACCACCAGACGAUGCGUUGACGCCGCCGCCGCCGCCGCCGCCGGCGACGCAGAAGAACGAGCGCGAAGCAGAAGAACAACAAGAUCAGGAAGACGAAGAGCAAGAGGAGGAAGAGGAGGAAGAGGAGGAAGAUCAAGUGGAAGAGAUCGAGCCAGAAGUCCAAAGAGCCGAUGAAAGUGGUCUUGAUGUCAAUUCACUGCUCAACGCGUUUGAAAAGGCAAUGUUGAGAAGCUUCGCGGAGAAGAAAUCACGAGGCUCCGUGAGCGGACGGACCAAGCGCGAAAAGGUGUUCGAUUUAAUGCGAGGCAGGUACGUGAAACCAAUUUUCCCGAAGAGCGGACAAAUGAGAGGCAAAAUCGCCGUCGACGCCACGCUUCGAGCGGCGGCGCCGUACCAAAUCGUUCGUCGGCAACGGCGCCUGAAACCGGGCGAAGUCUCACCGAGACGCGUGUUCAUCACGAAGGACGACGUGAGGCUAAAGAAGCUCAGUCGACGAAGCGCAUCGCUCACGAUAUUCGUCGUCGAUGCCAGCGGCUCGAUGGCGAUCAAUCGUAUGUCCGUCGCGAAAGCCGCAGUGUUCAAGCUCCUGGAGGUUUCGUACACGAAGCGCGAUCUCGUGGCGCUCGUCGAAUUCUCGCACGACGCCGCCGUCGUGCUCCUGCCACCCACGAGAUCGACCGUGCUCGUGAGCCGACGGCUCGCCGUGAUGCCGUGCGGCGGCGGUACCCCUCUCGCCCACGGGCUCUCUGUCGCCGCUCGCUGCGCUCUGAACGCGCGCACAUCCAAAUUGAAGUCUAGCGUCGGCUCCGUCCGCGAAGUGAUCUUGAGCGACGGACGCCCGACGCGCAGCCUGCGAUGGUCCGAAGACCCGCGUUGGCGAUCCAUGGAGCCCGCGUUAACUCGUAAAGCCCUCCGCGACGAGGUUCUAGAAGUUUCCAUCGCCACGCGUCGGCUCGGCUUCCUCAAGACGCUCGUCGUCGACACGGAUUCCGCCUUCGUCAGCGAGCAUUUCUGUCUCGACAUCGCCGACGCGCUCGGCGCCGCGUAUUACGCUCUCCCAAAGCUCGAAGAAUCCGCAUUCGCGGCG